AUGAAUAUCUCCCAACCAGUUCCUUCUGCCAUUAGCAGUGUGGAUUUUCUGUUCCUGACCUCCGCCGAGAUCAAAGCACUCUCAGUGAAAAAGAUUCAAAAUCCCCUCACAUUUGACACUCUUUUACACCCGGUCCCUGGUGGAUUGUACGAUCCAGCUCUUGGAGCCUGGGGCGACAACACCUGCGCGACAUGUAACCUCGACUCUUUCGCCUGCCCCGGACAUGUGGGCCACAUCGACCUGCCAAUGCCCGUAUAUCACCCUACGUUUAUGGUCCAGAUCCUGCGAUUAUUGCGAGCAAAAUGCUACUACUGUCACCAUCUCAAGAUGUCGCGGAAGGACGUCAAUCGCUACUUGUGUAAGCUCCGUUUGAUUCAACACGGGCUGCUGAGUGCGGCAGAAGAGAUAGACAACAUUGAUGAUACACAGAAACUGGACACGAAACAGGACGCGGAAAAUGUUAGUAGUGAUUCUGAAGAGGAGUCGGCCGUUGACAGCGUCAUUCGGCGAAGGAAUGCUUUUGUAAAAAAGUCUAUCCAAGCCGCCAAAGAAUCCACUUGGGAAUGGAAGUACGACAAAAACGAGGGGGUUGCGGAAGCUCGACGAGCUGUUGUGAAGGAUUUCAUGAAAGAUAUCACUGCAGGAAGGACUUGCGGCAAUUGCAGCGGGAUCUCACCCGGCUAUCGAAAGGACGGCUUUGUGAAGAUCUUCCAGAAACCAUUGAGCCCUAAGGAUAAAGCUAAGAUGUCACAAGGAAACUUCAAGGCGGCAAACCCUGUCCAGUUGUUACAGCAAGGGAACAAGGAGAAGUUUAAUGGAGAUUUUGACGAGGGGAUUGCCGACAUUGAUUUGUCUUCUAAUGAGGAGGAUGAAGAGGGAGAAGGGCAUACUCUUGAUGAGGAAGGAGAUGUCAUCAUGGGCCAGUCAACGAAAAGCUCAAAACCGAAGGUUGCGUCUGCACCAUACCAAUUCAUGAAUUCUAUCGAGGUCAAGGCGUCUUUGACAUUGCUCUUCGAAAAGGAGCAGGAGAUCUUGUCUCUUAUUUAUAACUCCCGUUCGGCACCUAAGAAGGCCACCAAAGUCACAGAAGACAUGUUCUUCCUGCAGACACUACUCGUCCCUCCAAAUAAGUACCGCCCAGAAGCACGAACCGGUGACGGCGAGAUCGCUGAGGCCCAGCAAAACGCGCUCUACAAGCUAAUCCUGAGGGCUUCUGAGACGGUGAACCAAAUCUACCACGAUAUUGGUAAGGCAAAGGAGAACGACUCACUGCGAACACGAGACUACCAAGAUCUCCAAGAGGCAGGGUGUCAGCUUCAAGAAGCUGUCAACUCGUUGAUCGAUCGGGAUCGGAAUCCGGUAAACGGUGCAGCGGGAAAGAGGAAUGAAGAUGGAAUUAAGCAGAAGCUGGAGAAGAAGGAAGGCUUGUUUAGGAAGAACAUGAUGGGAAAACGAGUCAACUUUGCAGCACGAAGUGUUAUAUCUCCAGAUCCCAAUAUCGAGACAAACGAGAUCGGUGUACCUCCAGUCUUUGCGAAGAAGUUAACAUACCCGGAGCCCGUUACCAGUCAUAACUUCAAGGAACUGCAACAGGCAGUCAUAAAUGGCGUCGACAAAUGGCCAGGCGCUGCGGCCAUUGAGAAUGAGAAUGGCCAGGUCAUCAGCCUGCGAACGAAAACUCCUGAUGAGCGGUUGGCGCUGGCAAACCAGCUAUUAGCUUCUUCCAAUAGCAGUGGGAGUGGGGCUCGCAACAAGAAAGUCCACCGCCAUCUAACGAACGGCGACGUGGUAUUGAUGAACCGCCAGCCAACCUUGCACAAACCGUCCAUUAUGGGUCACAGGGCUAGGGUCUUACCCGGGGAAAAGACAAUUCGAAUGCAUUAUGCCAAUUGCAAUACGUAUAAUGCUGAUUUUGACGGAGACGAGAUGAACAUGCAUUUCCCUCAGACAGAAAUUGCGCGCGCGGAAGCACUGCAGAUCGCAGAUACUGAUCAUCAAUAUCUCGUUGCGACCUCCGGAAAGCCAUUGCGAGGUCUCAUUCAAGACCACAUAUCCGUGUCUGUCUGGUUAUGUAACCGAGACACAUUCUUUGACCAAGCAACCUAUCAACAGCUUAUAUACAACUGCUUGCGACCUGAAAGCGGCCAUAUCGUUGGCGAUCGUAUAGAGACCGUCCCUCCUGCCAUCAUCAAGCCGUUUCCACGCUGGACCGGAAAGCAGGUGAUCACCACAAUCCUAAAGAACAUUACCCCGGCGGAUUGCGCGCCCCUAGUUCUCACGAGCAGGUCACAAACCCCCAAAGAUCGGUGGGGGCCAGAUUCAGAAGAAGGAACCGUUUAUUUCAAAGGAGGAGAAUUUAUCACCGGCAUUCUCGAUAAAGCACAAAUUGGGCCUGCUGCUGGAGGUUUCAUUCACUCUAUCCACGAAGCUUAUGGCCACACCGUCGCGGGUAAGGCUCUCAGUAUAUUAGGUCGACUUCUGACAAAGUUUCUGCACAUGAGGGCAUUUUCCUGCGGCAUGGACGAUUUGCGAUUAACUCCGCAGGGCGAGCGGCUACGCCGAGAGAAACUGGCCGCUGCGCAGAGCCUCGGUCUUGAUGUUGCUGCAAAAUAUGUAACAUUGGAAGACCAGAAACCGACUGAUACUGAUGCGGAACUGCUGAGUCGAUUGGAAGAUGUUCUCAGAGACGAUACAAAGCAGGCAGGUUUGGAUAUGAUGAUGAAUGCAAAAUCUUCGCAGCUCUCUUCUGAGAUUACUAUGACUUGUCUUCCGGGGGGCCUGGUCAAGCAGUUCCCGAAGAAUCAAAUGCAGAAUAUGACUGUCUCUGGAGCUAAAGGAAGUGCCGUUAAUGCAAACCUCAUUUCCUGUAAUCUCGGACAGCAAGUUUUGGAAGGCCGUCGUGUUCCAGUGAUGGUCAGCGGGAAAUCCUUACCAUGCUUCAGACCCUUUGAGACCAAUAUCAGAGCUGGGGGUUACAUUGUCAAUCGUUUCUUGACUGGUAUACGACUCCAGGAGUACUACUUCCAUGCCAUGGCUGGAAGAGAAGGAUUGAUUGAUACAGCCGUAAAGACAUCUCGGUCCGGGUACUUGCAAAGAUGUCUUAUCAAGGGUAUGGAAGGCUUGAAGGUAGAAUAUGAUACCUCUGUUCGGGACUCUGAUGGCUCUGUGGUGCAGUUCUUGUAUGGGGAGGAUGGCUUAGAUGUGACGAAGCAAAAGCAUCUGACGGAUUUCAAAUUCCUCCUACAGAAUCUCAUAUCCGAGCUUGCACAGUUGAAGUAUGGCGACGAUAAAUACGGCACCAUAUUCGAACAGAAAGAUACGAUAUUGAAGCGGAUGAAGAAGGCCCUCAAGUACGCUAAAGCAAAUGACCCCAAUGGCCCCGAUCCUGUUUUGUCCGACUUCAAUCCUGGAAAGUAUGGAUAUGCAACAUCCGAGAAAUUUUUCGACGCCCUCACAGACUACCUGAAGAGCAAUCCGGAUGGAUUGGUUAAGGACAAGGAGCAUCCAGAUGGCGUGGGAAUUCGAAAGGCUCUAGAGCCAGUCCUUGUUGCGAAGUACUUGAAAUCUGUCGUUGACCCCGGUGAGGCUGUGGGUAUUGUUGCAGGCCAAUCGGUCGGCGAGCCUUCCACGCAAAUGACGCUCAAUACUUUCCAUUUGGCUGGUCACUCAUCCAAAAACGUUACACUGGGUAUUCCGCGACUGAGAGAAAUUGUCAUGACGGCUAGCCACCACAUAUCAACACCCUCCAUGACUCUGCGUGUCAAUCCAGAGUUGUCCACAGAGGAUGGCGAGAGGUUUGCAAAAGCCAUUUCUGUCUUAUCUCUUGCAGAGGUCGUAGAUGAGGUCACAGUCAAAGAACACAUUGGACGAGGCGUGGCCUACCCCCAGGCUAAAAUCUACGACAUUCACAUCAAAUUUUUCCCCUCGGAGGAAUACACCAGCACCUAUGCAAUCGACAUUGCUGACGUUCUCCAUACGUUAGAACGUAAACUUGCUCCGAAAUUGCAAUCUCUCACCCGCAAAGCAGUUGGCAAGAAGCACGGUCCCGGGAACGCUCCAGACAUUGGAGUCCCGGUAGGCAUGGUUGAGGAAGGACCGGCAGAUACUGGAAGAGAAGUCGGCGAGGAUGAUGAUAGCGACGACGAUGGCGGAGAUGACGCUACGAAUCAAAAGCAAAGAGCCAAUCGUUCGCAAGCUGUGAGCUAUGGUGCAAACGAUGAAGAGGAUGACAGGGUGCAGGCUCAGAUGGCAAAGGAAGCCGAAGCAGCAGAUGAUGAAGAUGAUGACAUGGAGGACGAAGGCAUUGGUGGCAGCCCUUCGGCAUCUGCCAGCGAAGACGAGGAGGACGCUCCCAGCAAAGAGCGUACCCAACCUGAGCAUUUCUCUGGCAUAACACAAGAGCGAGAGGCCGAGGUGAUGAAGAGAUGCACUGACAUAGCCCGGUUCCGUUUUGACGAAGACAAUGGAGAAUGGUGCGAUAUUACCCUCGAAUACGACGCGGGUGUUCCCAAGGUGCUCAUGCUUUCGAUCGUCGAAGACGCCUUGCGCCAGUCUCUCAUUCAGCAGAUCCCCAAUCUGGGAACGUGCACGUAUGUCCCAGAUGAAGAUGUCAAAGACAUCCCUACCGGCAAGAAGGUGAAAGCUCCAGUCGUACAUACGACUGGUGUUAAUCUCAAGGCCAUGCAAAACUAUCCUCACAUCAUCAACCCCAACUCUAUAUCCACCAAUGACAUUGCCGCCAUGCUCGACAACUACGGUGUCGAGGCGGCCCGUGCAACCAUCAUUCAAGAGCUCGCGGGAGUCUUCGAGAGUCACUCAAUUAGCGUCGACCAAAGACACUUGAACCUCAUCGCCGAUUUCAUGACCCGCGGAGGGGGAUUCGUCGGAUUCAACAGAGGCGGGCUGAGCGGGAGCGUGAGUCCGUUUAUGAAGAUGAGCUUCGAGACGACCGUGGGCUUCCUGGCCGAUGCUGUCAAUGACGGAGAUUGGGAUGACCUGUCCAGCCCGAGCUCCAGGAUCGUGAUUGGAAGGACGAGCAAAGUAGGCACGGGGGCUUUCGAUGUGCUCACACAAGUACCGACGUGA